AUGGAGAAAUCACAGAGCAUGGGAGAGGCCCCAGAAGCCCAGAAGGAGGGCAUCUUCCCUGCCACGAAGCAGAGAACAAAUGAAGUGGAUCUGGGGGAAGUCCUCGAGCUUGAACUGGACCCUGAAGAGGCCAACAGAGUGCGCCGGAAACUCGAUUUAAUCCUGCUCCCGUUGAUGUGCUUCGCCUACUUCUUACAGUUCGUGGACAAGCUGAUUCUCAGCCAAGCGACGCUCUUCAAUCUGCGUGAAGACCUGAACUUGCACGGAAACCAGUAUUCGUGGACCUCGGCCAUCUUCUACUUUGGGUAUCUCGCAUGGAGCUGGCCGAGCUCGUAUCUGAUCGUUCGGCUGCCUAUUGGGAAGUACCUGGGAACUACAAUCUUCCUCUGGGGAGGCAUUCUCAUGUGCCACGCAGCAAGCAAGAACUUCGCUGGCCUCAUGACCGCCAGAUUCUUCCUAGGUGUAGGAGAGGCUGCAGUUGCCCCUGGAUUCUCAUUGAUCGUUGGGAUGUUCUAUACAAGAAGAGAGCAGCCUCUACGUCAAUCCGCAUGGUACUUCGGAAACUGUCUCGGCGCCCUACUAGGAGGUCUAAUCGGCUACGGCAUCGGUCAUAUCGAUGCCCCCGGCGUAAACCGCUGGCAGCUGCUCUUCAUCAUCCUGGGAGCCAUUACAUCGGCCUUUGGCAUCGUCAUUAUCGUCGUCCUCCCCGACUCGCCCGCACAGGUAAUCUUCCUGACCAAGGCCGAGCGCACGAUCGCACUGCGUCGCACGUUAGAGAACAAAACCGGUCUCCUGGAUAACAGGAAAUUCCGAUGGGAUCAGGCCAGACAGGCGAUCAUGGAUCCGCAGACCUGGCUCCUUGUUCUGUUUACCAUCUGUGUCAAUUUCGCCAAUGGCGGUCUUACCAGUUUCCUCGCCAUCCUCAUCAACGGCUUCGGGUUUGGAACGUUCCAAUCUCUCCUCCUGCAGAUGCCAUCUGGUGCUGUGGAGAUCAUUGCCCUCGUUAUUACAUCUACAGUGGCUACGUACGUCCGUUCGACGCGUAUCGCCAUGCUAGCCCUGUGCACUGCCGUCUCAGUCGUGGGAAUGGCCAUGGUUUGGAAGAUUAAUCCAGACGAAAAAGCGGCGAGACUUGUUGGGCUGUCGCUGGGGAUUGCGUAUGCAAUGGGAAUCCCGAUAUCCAUGAGUUUGAUGUCGUCGAAUGUCGCUAGUUUCACGAAGCGCAGUGUUGUCAGUGCCUUGAUCUUCAUGGCGUACUGUGUGGGUAAUAUUGUUGGCCCGCAGUUCUUCCUGGAGUCAGAGGCGCCGUCUUAUCCGACUGGAAUCAAAGCUGCCCUGUCUGGGCUGGUACUCGGGAUCUUCUGGCUUGGGUGCCUGUUUGCGUACUACACCUGGGAGAAUAAGCGUCGUGACAGGCUGUAUGGCCGUCCAUCGGAUAUCUCUACUGCGGAUGAGAUGCAGGAUGAGCUGUCGAAUAAGACAGAUAGGGAGAUCCAGAGUUUUAGAUAUGUUCUGUGA